GGAAGUUCAAAAAGCGAUAAUUUGAGGAAGGUGUUACUUUGGCCACUAUCUUCCUCACGUAUUAUUUCAGUGAAUAAACUUACUGUCGAAGUGACCCAUUACCUAUUUUUAUAACUGAAUCAGUUUGCAUGAAGCUACCGAUCAUUUAAUACUAAGCUUGACAGCAUGGAUUCAAUGGACGGAGACAUAUCUACUAUUUCGCGACUGGAUAAAAAUCUGGUCCACAAAAUAUGUUCUGGUCAGGUCGUAGUAACUCUAGCUUCUGCUGUAAAAGAGCUCCUGGAAAAUAGUAUUGACGCAAAGUCUUCUAAAAUAGAAAUCCGGUUACGAGGUCAUGGCAGUGAGUCCAUCGAGGUAAUUGAUAACGGUGUCGGAAUAAGAGAAGAAGAUUUUGAGGGUCUCACUGGGAAAUAUUGCACUUCAAAACUAAGCACCUUUGAUGAUCUGAGUUGUGUUGAAACCUACGGCUUUCGUGGGGAAGCUCUUUCUUCUCUCUGUCAUUUAGCAAAAGUCACCAUACAUACCUGUGCAUUAGAUGCUAAAAUUGGCACCAAGCUUGAGUUUGACUCUUCUGGACAAAUAACAAAUCGUCGAAGUUUAGCAAGAUCUCAGGGUACUACUGUGUGCGUUAAUGAACUAUUUCAUGAUCUACCCGUUCGUCGGCGUCAUUUAACUGACCCAAAUAGAUUACCAAAAGAAUUUGCCAAGGUUAUCAGCAUGUUAACAGCUUAUUGUCUUGUUUCCAUUGGUGUGCAAAUCUCAUGCAGUCGUAUCGGGAAGAAAGGUGAGUUGGUCAGUGUAAUUUCAAAUGGACCUUCUAUAUCACUUAAGGAUAAUAUUUCUGCAGUAUUUGGUCAUGCACAGUUGGAUAACCUUGUUGAAUUGGAACAAAUUGAUACUAUCCCAGAAGAUAUUUGUGAAGAGUUCAAUAUAAAAUCUUUAUCUACUGAAAAUUCUAUCAAAGUAUCUGGAUAUGUGAGUAAAUCUCCCGAUCCUUCUACAAAUAUAUCAUCUUCACUGAUUGGUAAUUCAUCUCCAUCACUAACCAACAAACGUCGGACAUCUAUUGGCUAUUCUUCAUCAGAACGUCAAUUUAUUUAUAUCAAUGGACGACCGUGUGACUUGCCAAAAAUUACACGUUUAGCUACUGAUUUAUGGCGACGUUGUUCCAAAGAAGCUUAUUCAUCUAUAACUAGUGGGCUAAGUUUACCUAGUCGAAGUACCACUAGUACAUUUCCAGUCCUUAUACUUAUAUUUACAAUGCCUACACAAUCUGUUGAUAUAAAUUUAACUCCGGACAAACGAACUUUAUUAUUACAUCAUGAAAAUUAUGUAAUGGCUUUAACAAAAGCUGUAUUAGUUAAAACUUUAUUUAAUUCAUCAGGUAUGGAUAUCAGUAGUUUAUCACAAACGAGACUUAAUUUUGAUCAAUCACAAAUUGUUACUGAUUAUGACCAAUUGAAUGAUGAACCACAAAUAAACUGUGUUUCAACUCCAAUUCUUAAACGUCAUUCACCUCCUGUAUCAGAUAUCAGUUGUGUAUCACCCAAAAGAGCUCAUUAUUCUUAUGAUCAAACACCAUCAUUACAAUUUGAAAUAAUUGAUUUAACAACACUGGAUAAUUCAACACAACAGUCUAAUGUACAAGAAAUUUCUUGUGAUAAUUCUCAACCAUCUAAUUUAAGGGUAGAUCAAUUAAAAGAAGCUUGUUCUGAAUAUGAAAUUGUGGAAGAUCAGUUGUUGUUUAGUGAUAAUAAUUUAGAAUCUAUCGAAGUUAAUUUUUCCAUGGAAAAUUUACGUAAUCAAUGGAAACGGAUUUUGUUAAAUAAUAAUCAUCUUCACAACGAAACGAAUACUAAUGAUAACGGUGUUGAUGAUAAUCACACAGAAGAGAACAUCACGUCUGUUAAAUUUAAAUCUAUGGAAAAUCAAGAAGCUGAAAAUGAAUUAACUACAUAUUUCAAGAAAGAAACUUUCAACAGUUUAAAAGUAAUUGGACAAUUUAAUUUGGGUUUUAUAAUAGCACGACAUAAUCAAGAUUUAUUCAUCAUUGAUCAGCAUGCUAGUGAUGAGAAAUAUCGAUUUGAACAAUUGUCAGAAAACUAUCGAUUCAAAAGUCAACCAUUAGUUGUACCUAAAAAGUUAAAUUUAACAAUAACAAAUGAACAAGUAUUAAUCAAUAAUUUGGAUGUAUUUGCUAAGAACGGAUUCGCUUUUCGUAUUCACAAUGAUGAACCUGCUGGUCAACAAAUAUCUCUUGUUGCUGCACCAAUGUUAGAAAAUAAAUUAUUCAGUUAUAGAGAUAUUGACGAAAUGUUGUUUGUGUUAUCUGAAACAUGUAAUAAGAAAUGUCGACCAUCUCGUUUGAGAGAUAUACUUGCUUCACGAUCAUGUCGUAGUGCUGUUAUGAUUGGAACCGCAUUAGAUCAUAAAAAGAUGAAACGAGUAAAUAGAGUAGUAUUGUUAUUGCUAUUAUAUAUUCAAGUUAUUAACUUCGUUGCAUAUUCUUCCGGUUCAGGGGUUUAUCUUACCAGAUAGCAUAAGGUACUUAGCGCGACGUCAGCUAACUGCAGCUGGCCGAACCAAUUUAAACCAAGUACAUUUAGACCAGCUGGCGUUAUGUAACAUGCCCCAGUAAAUGUCGAUUCUCGAAAAGAUACUUCACAAUCUAAUUGUCCCGAGAAACGCAGAUAAUUACCACAUGUGUUUUCAGCCACGUGCGUAGGCUACCCAUUUUGAUCCGAAAUUCGCAAGAGAUAAUGGUAAUAUGUGAUGCUGUAUCUACUUGCGAUCUAAAUUAGUGCCUGCCUUCUUACUUACUUACUUACACAUGUUACUUCUCAUGGAGAAGCAUUAGGCCGCCCACUAGCAUUCUCCAUCCAACCAUGUCCUUGACAUUCUUUCCAGUUGCUAUUCAUCCUUUUCAUGUCUGCUUCCGAUUCUCGACUCAGUGUGUUAUUCGACCUCCCUUUUUUCCGUUUUCUUUAGGAUUCAGAGUUAGGGCGUGUCUCGUGAUGCAGUUUGGUGAUUUCCGAAAUGUAUGUCCACCUCCAGAGUCUUUUCCUGAUUUUUCUUCAAAUGGAAGCUUGUUUGUUCUCUCCCACAGUAGGCUGUUGCUGAUGGUAUCCGACCAAUAGGCAUUGAGUAUCUUGCGUAGACACUUGCUUAUAAAUACCUGUACUUUUUGAUGAUUGUUGUAGUAGUUCUCCGAAUUUCAGCUACAAUGAAUGUUAUCCAGUGUUAUGCACUCACCGAUGACAGCAAUGAAAAAUUCUGAAUACCCUUAUUACAUUUAAUCAUAGUGUUUCGACUGGUUUGCUUUCAUAGAUUAUUUUAAAAUCGGAUUGUAAUUAGAAUGAUUGUUAAGAUUGCUUUGGCCUAUUUAUUCUAAAAUCCUUUACUUGUCAGUAAGACCUCCAACUAUCUAGUGUCUUGAUUAUUUUCGUUAAUAAAUGGUAGUUUCAGUAUGUAAGGAAUUCGUCAAUCAUUUUUGUUUUCAAUUUAUUUUACUCCAUUCACUUUUACUGUUAUCUGAUUGAUUGUUCUCGUUUUCAGUUUGUUAUUUUUCCUGUUUCUCAUGAUGUUAUUUAUUUCUUAAUAUGAAUAGUUAUUCUGUUACAGUUCUCAAUUCUGUUGGGAAUAUUAAAGCUUUGAUGGGAGCUCUUAUGUUUUGUGGAUUAUCAACUUUGAAGGUUUUGUGGUAAAUUAAUCGUCCGAUCUAACUAGUGCGCAUAAUAGAUCUUGUUUCAUAUCAGAAGAAUAUCCCGAUUGUUCAUGAUUCCGAAUUAAACUGUAUCAAAAUAAUAUAAAUUUACUGAAAUAUAAUUUAAUCUUAACUCAUUAACUAAAUUCAGAUUUUCAUACCAAACUUUUAAACUAAAUUGCACUGCAAAUAAUAAUAAUACUAUUGUAGUGAAGGAGAACAAAGGUGAGGACAACCGAACUGUAUUUAGCACAACUUACAGAGCUACUUGGUAAAGUAGAAAAACCAUAUAGUAAAUCGUUAAUUUGCAAAAUAUCAAUCCAUCAUACCAAACCGGACUGUUCGUGUUGCAAACACAUCUCAUUGUUCAUGCGUUUUCUUACAUGUUGCAUUGUGUUCCCGCUUUUCCUUUCUUGAUCUUCCCCCAUCUUCUGCUUCCAGACAUUACGUUUUUAACUCGCAUAAUACACUACUUAUAUCAAUACAAGUAGCACGCACCAUACUAUUCCUGGUUUGUUCAAACUAAUAUUAAAUGGAAAAGGGUUUAAACCCUUGAUUUAUUGUUUUAAAGUUAAGUUUUUAAGCAAUUAGCCAACCGCUUCACAAAUUUAUAUCUAUUAAGUAAGACUAGAUUGUCUGAAAUACCAUGAACACAUAGUAGCAAGGGAUUAUGAAGUUGAAUUAUGAUCUUACAAUUAUCUACGUACUGAUUACAUACAUUAAAAAUUCUAAGAACUAUCUCAAUCGCUCCUAAUUUUGUAUAUGCCAAUUUAGAAUCAAUUAAAUUAACACUGAAUUUCUUUGAUCUUCUAUUGUGUUAUACUGGUAAGUCUUGCUAGAUUUGGUUCCUAAGCUCUUCUAGUAAUCCCCAGGCUAGAUCUACACAGUGACUUGAACACGAGAGAAAGAAACACUUUACUCCAAAAGUUCGUUUAUGUACAGAAAAUCUAAGGUUUUUAUAGUAUUUUGGAUGUCUUUAGGUUUUCCGAAAAUUCUGGAAUUCUACUAAACAUAGUAGCAAUAUAAGUAAUCAUCCAAUCAAAAAUUCUACAUGUGACUUUUCACUUUUUUGAUGUUUCUGGCAAAAUUUCUAGUGAACGCUGAUUGGAUAGGAUGCUUCUCAGUGUUUUCAGAGCCUUUCUUGACUUUUUUCCGAGGAGUUUUCUGGAUCUCCCCAACACAAUCCUAUUAUUAUAUUUCGAAUAUUUAGUUAUUUUUAUCUCACCUGAUUAAUGUUAAUAAGUAACCAUAAAAAAAUAGAUCGUUUCAUUGAAGUCUUAUUAAGUAGUAUCAAAUAAACUCUGUUAUCAACUACAUGUUUCAUGUGUUAAUUGUUUAUCUUGGUUUGUUAUUCAUUGUAUAGAAUAUUGAAUUGUGUGUAUUUGAGACAUACCAAUUUCUCGGCGUUCACAUUAUACUACUUAACAAUCAGUUGAUAUCACAAAUUAUAUAAACAUAUUUGGUUGUUGACUAAUUAUUAGUUCCAUUAAUUCAGAUUUGUUGAUUGACUAAAAUACUUAAAAUAUUAUGUGAACUAUAAUUAUUAUUGCGUAAGUCAUUGAAUUAGUGGUUGAUAAAUCAAUCAAUCUGCUUCUACAGUUUUGUUUUCUUCUUUGAGUCAUCAGCAAAGCAAUCUCAUUCCAAUGGAACUUGUAACAGAUCUUAACAAAUAUGGGCUCCAUGGAUCAUCCAUGGAAUUGCCCUCAUGGACGUCCAACUAUGCGACAUUUAUUUCAUUUAAAUCUUUUAAAUGAAUAAUAAUUCAUAAUCAUAUUCUAUUCUAUAAAUUUGCAUUUUCCUUCUCUCUUUUUUUUCAAAGAGAGUCUUCUUUUUCAUUUAUUUUAUCGUUGUUUUAUUGACUAACGAGAUAUUUUCUUAUUCUUAUUAUUUUUUUUCUUUUAAAAAGUUUCAUUUCCGAUCCAUGUUUUUAUUGGACAUUUUAUUGAUGAAGAACUUUUUAAACGCUUAUUUUUAUGUAAGAUUAUUCUUUUAUACGAUAAUGGAUCAUCUAAAUAUAUCUUUUUAAAUGAGAAAUACAUUCUAUUAGAUUUAUG